AUGCCUGUCCACUACCUGAUCCUCCUGUCGCGCCAAGGCAAAGUGCGCCUGGCAAAAUGGUUCACCACUCUUUCCCCUAAAGACAAGGCGAAGAUUGUCAAGGAUGUCUCUCAGCUCGUUCUCGCCCGGCGCACACGUAUGUGCAACUUUUUGGAAUACAAAGACCAGAAAGUAGUCUACCGUCGCUAUGCCUCGCUAUUCUUCAUUGCAGGAUGCUCCGCCUCGGACAACGAGCUGAUCGGCCUCGAGAUCGUCCACCGUUACGUGGAACAGAUGGAUAAAUACUAUGGCAACGUGUGCGAGCUGGACAUCAUCUUCAACUUCCAAAAGGCAUACUUUAUUCUCGAUGAGCUCCUGCUGGCGGGGGAGAUGCAGGAAAGCAGCAAAAAGAACGUCUUGAGGUGUAUUAGCCAGCAGGACAGCCUCGAAGAUAUCGAGUGUCGCGCUUAUCCCAGUCGCCAUUCUACUACCGCCAUAUCCCGUGCCACAGGCUGGACUCGGGAACCCGCUACGUCCAAGAUGAAGUAUCUCCCUUUACCACAGAUGGAGGAGGUGUCAAAUGCGCUAAACUUUGGCACUUCGGACCUGAACGUCGUUGGCGGAUGUGACCUCUACAUGACCAAAGCGGCAUCGGACGAUCGCAAACUGUACAACAAGAUCGAGCAGUCGCUGGAAUCACAGUACGAAUCGCUUCUCCGCCUGUCAGCAUCGUUAUCACCUCCAAGCGCGCCCGCGUCGAGUCUCGCCCAAUCCCUAAACCUAUCAAGAUCAAGUCCGUUUGGACCGCUAACCGAACAUUCGAGCCGGAGGACGUUUGCCUACCUGAUCGCGACGCUCAACGCCAGCCACCCAGACUACGAUUACAGUCAUAUUUUGCGACCCACCGACUUUCGACGCGAGCGAAGUCUGAAGAAGGUGAUGAACACUCUGGACAUGACGCUGCACAACCUUCGCCCGUAUCUUCGUGGGGAUGGGUCACCUUCGCCACCCAACAACGCGGCCUCGGGAUCUUACACUCCCAAUUCUACUUCGGUGUGGGGACCCCGGAUGUGGAAACAUAUAGAUGAACAAAUGAGUCUCAACGAUUGUGCCAUCUUUUCCUACGCGCCUGAGGAUGAUAUGAAUAACGAUGAUGAUGGAGCGAUUUGGAGCCACAACUACUUUUUCUUCAACAAGCAGCGCAAGCGCGUUUGCUACGUUUACCUCCGCGGUAUCCCGACUACGAGCUACGAGGAGGAAGACUGGGAUGGAAUAGCAACGUCGUUUGGCAAGAGGGGCUCGGACGACGCCUUCCUCACGCCAGAUGUCACAGCAAAGAAGCGCCAGCGAUUUUGGCUUGGCGAUCUUGCUUCUGAUGACGAGACUGGAUCGGAGGAGACUUUGCAUGUUCGCAAAGCGUCUGUUCGCGCCAUGAGCGAAGAGAUGGUUGAUUCUAUGGAGGUGUAA